AUGCACGUCAAGAAUCUGCGCCAACUCCGCCGACAGCUCACGGCAGCGUAUGCACUGAAGCUCCUCAAACUCAUUCAACGAGACACUAACUUGCGCCUCAUUGCGCAGGUGCCAAUGGGAGCGCAGCAGGGGGCCCAGCAGCUUCUGCCGGAACGGCUCGCCACCGUAGACACUCUGAAUCAUCUCCUCCGGUGUGCGCGACAUAAAACGACCCAUUUUGCUUUCGUGCAGCCGCAGCGCCUGCGCCCCGCCGAGAUCGUACGACCUGCGCUUCUCCGGGUUGGAGAGAAUCUGGUAGGCCUGCGAGAUGCUCUCAAACUUGCGCUGGGCGGCGAUGCGCUCCUCUUCACUCAGCGGCCCACCGUGGCGGCUCUGCACCACAUCGGGGUGGAACACCUUAGCAAGGUUUUUAUACUGCGUCUUCACCUGCGCUUGUGUUGCGGAGCGCCGCACCUGCAGCACCUCGUACGGGUCCUCCUCACACCCACCAGACGACGACGACGACGACGACCGCUGCUGCUUGCCCAUCAUCUUCUUGUUGAGCGUGUCGAAGGAGAACCCCAUCGAGGCGAGCCGCUGGUGCCAUUUCUCUUCGGACCGCAUCUUUUUGCGGCGGAACUCGAGCCGCCCAACAGCGCGUAUCGCACGCUGCUCCAGCCGCAGCUCGUGCUGCAGCCACACGGCGUCAAGAGCGGUGCAGCGCUGCCAGCGCCCGGCGCCCGCCUCGAAGAACAACGUCCCCGCCACCGCAUUCCACACGCCGUAGACGCUGUUGCGGAGCCCACACGGGAUAUGGAUAAGUGGCGAUAG